AUGGCGUACCUCGAGUGCCGUCGCGGAAGCUGUUGGGAGCCCCUAGCGGCAGUCGUACUCAGCGAACCCCAGCGCGUGAGGGUGAGCGCCGAGAGCGAUGGAGGAGGAGGAGGUGGUGGCAGAGAGGAGGGCUCGCCGCCACAGGAGGAGGAGGAGGCGACGGAGAGGAGGGCGCCGUUUCUCGGCGUCCGCGUCCUCGUCUGGUGCCCUCGUCAGCGGCGACGCUGGGGGCGCUCAGCGGCGGCGGCGAUGGAGGCGUCUGGUGCUUGGUGA